AUGGAGUACGUAUCAGACAAAAGAUUUCCUCUGGAUGCAAAAGAUUAUAAGUUAUAUGAAGAAGUUGGUGAAGGUGUUAGUGCUUCUGUGUACAGGGCACUCUGUAUACCACUUAAUGAGAUAGUUGCUAUCAAGGUUCUUGAUCUGGAAAAAUGCAAUAAUGACCUGGAUGGUAUCCGGAGGGAGGUACAUACGAUGACUUUGAUUAAUCACCAAAAUUUAUUACGAGCACAUUGUUCGUUCACUGCUGGCCACAGCCUUUGGGUCGUGAUGCCAUAUAUGGCUGGGGGAUCCUGCCUGCAUAUAAUGAAAUCUGCAUAUCCUGAAGGUUUUGAAGAGCCUGUUAUUGCGACUUUAUUGCAUGAGGUUCUAAAAGCUCUUGUAUAUCUACAUGCUCAUGGCCACAUCCAUAGAGACGUGAAGGCUGGGAAUAUUUUAAUUGACUCUAAUGGUGCAGUCAAGUUAGGUGACUUUGGAGUGUCAGCAUGCAUGUUUGAUACUGGAGAUAGACAGCGUACCAGAAAUACUUUUGUUGGAACUCCAUGCUGGAUGGCUCCUGAAGUUAUGCAGCAAUUGCAUGGCUAUGACUUCAAAGCAGACAUCUGGUCAUUUGGAAUAACAGCACUUGAGCUUGCUCAUGGCCAUGCCCCAUUUUCCAAGUAUCCACCCAUGAAAGUUUUGCUGAUGACUUUGCAAAAUGCACCCCCAGGCCUUGACUAUGAAAGAGACAAGAGAUUUUCAAAGUCUUUCAAAGAGAUGGUAGCUGCUUGCUUAGUGAAGGAUCCAAAGAAACGUCCAACUUCAGAGAAGCUUUUGAAGCACCAUUUUUUCAAACAUGCACGACCAGUUGAUUAUCUGGCUCGUACUAUUCUUGAUGGCCUUUCUCCACUAGGUGAUCGUUUUAGGAUGCUGAAGGCAAAAGAAGCUGAUCUCCUUGUGCAGAAUAAGGCUCUGUAUGGGGAUAAAGAACACUUAUCGCAGCAAGAGUAUAUCCGAGGAAUCAGUGCCUGGAAUUUCAACCUUGAGGAUUUAAAAAAUCAAGCUGCCCUUAUUCAGGAAGAUGGCAUGCCCAAUGCAUCAAGUAAGAAGCAAAGUGAGAAGGAUGAAGAUGUUAAUUUUCCAGCUGAGGGGGCAGCUAUUGAAAUGGAAAACCAACCAAAUGCUGCACCUGAUCAGGAGGAUGGUUUCAACGAUCUUCAUGAUUUGGACAGCUCACUUGCUUCAUUUCCUAUUAAACCUCUUCAAGCACUUAAAGGCUGUUUUGAUGUUUGUGAGGAUGAUGGGAGUGCGACUAGUCCUAGAACCAUUGUUCAAGAAAAUGGAAGAACCGAGGGUGAGACUUCAGGUCAAAGUAGUUAUUUACCACGUCAUGUCAUUCCUGAGCCUAAAAAAUUUUUGAGUGGUUCAGUACUACCGGAUGGUGUGCUUUCUCCUAAAAAGGUUAUUGGUGAUGGGGAGAGGGAUCAUCUACAAUUAAAACAUCAACCUGAGCGGAACUUUAGUGGUCCAUUGUUGUAUCGCCAGAAGGGUCAUGCCAAUAACCCUGCUUCUGCUGAGGAUAUGUCUGAAGGAGCAGUUGUCCAACGUAAGGGGCGCUUCAAGGUCACUUCAGCGGACCUCAGUCCCAAGGGUCCUUCGAACUGCUUUUUUGGUCCUGCUUGUGGAGGUUCAACUAGUCCAGCAACCACAAACCUUGCAGCUGCCACUGUUCUCCCAUCAUUACAAUGCAUUCUGCAGCAAAACAGCUUGCAAAGGGAAGAAAUUGUUAAAUUGAUCAAAUAUGUGGAACAGACCUCUGGAACACAAGGGGAGUCCACUGAUGCAAGCAGCAGUGAUCUUUUGCAGAUGCCUCCGGCCUCUGGGAGGGAGAGAGAAUUACAGUCUCUGGUGAUUCAUCUGCAACAGAGUGUCGAGAAUCUCGUUGAACAAUUGCAAAGACAGAAGUUGAAAAAUGCCCAGUUAGAAAGACAAUUGAAAGUUAUGACCAACAAAGACGAAAAUAUUAGAAACGGAAGUGAAGGAUAA